AAGGGAAUCAAAUGGAGAGUAAGGAGGAGAAAGUGGAGGUCUAAUUUCUGGGGUUUCAUUCUCCCUCAGCAAAUGAUAGCCUGCUGGUGUGGCCCAGAACUUUCUCUGCUAGAUUGUCACGUGUCAAACUCAACAGUGAGCACAAAGGCCUGCAUCCUCCCCUGCCUGGCCAGCUGCUGAUGCAGCAAUAUAGACCCUCUGGGCUAGCGUUCUCCUCCUGAUCAGCUCACUACAUACAUCCAGGACAUGUAGGAUACACUGGGGCCAAUGGCACAAGCCUUCACCCUCCUGCUUACCUUGCUGGGCCUGCAGCUUGUGGUUGCAACCUUCAAAAUCUGUGCUUUCAACAUACGCAGCUUUGGAAGAGCCAAGGCAGCAAAUCAGAGGGUCAUGGGAGCUCUUGUCCAGAUCCUUUCUCGCUGUGAUAUCUCUGCCGUGCAAGAGGUGCGCGACUCCAAGGGCUCAGCUAUCCGGACCCUGUUGUGGGAGCUGAACAGGUAUGAUUCUUCUCAUCACUACAGCUACCUGGAGAGCAAGAGGCUUGGGCGAGGCAGCUACAAAGAGCAGAAUGUCUUUGUCUAUCGGACGGAUGUUGCAUCAAUUACUGAUUCGUGCCAAUUUGGGGAUGAAGUUGCCAGAGAGUCUGAGGUCUUUGCUAGGGAACCCUUUGCUGCACGCUUCUACUCUUCAUACACAGCCAUCCUGGACUUUGUGCUACUCUUACACCACUCCAGUCCUCGAGAAGCCGUCCAGGAGCUCAACCUGCUCUUUGGAGUGUGCAUGGAACUGAUGCGACGGUGGAAAACUGAAAACGUGAUGGUCCUGGGAGACCUGAAUGCUGCCGGUGCCUACAUCCCAGCAAGCGCUUGGGCUGGGAUCCACCUGCGCAAUCACCUUGCCUUCCACUGGCUCAUCGGCGACAAAGAGGACACCACAGUCAGCCACCGGACGUGCUAUGCCUACGACAGGAUCAUAGUCCAUGGUGAAGAGCUACUCAGGGCUGUUGUGCCAAGGUCAGCUAAGGCUUUCAACUUCACACGAGCGCUUGGACUCUCUGAAGAAGAGGCCCUAGAAAUCAGUGAUCACUAUCCUGUGGAGGUGAACUUGCGGAUUACUCUCAAGGCCCAGCGGGAGCUCUAAGUCUUUGGCCUUCCUGCUAUUCCUCGAGACUAAAGGUGAAGCAAGGGAAUGGGGGAAGAAAACAACCACUAAGACAGUGCCUCCAUUUAGGCAACUGACAGGAUAGGUCCACGAUAAGUA